AUGACUGAUACUAAAGACUUUGACGUUAUCCGCGUCUGUCGAUCCGAUGGGGCGGACAGUGGCCCCGGAUAUUGGCCAGUUACCACACCAGCAGCGAAUUCGAUAAAGAAAACAACAGCAGACAAAGCACCCAGAGCAAAACCACAGAUGACGAGACUUGCUGAGGAUGAUCCAAGAUUCACAGAAUGGAGAGUGAAGUUGGGGAUUCUCCUCAAGCAAGAGUUAUCCCAGAGUCCAGAUGAUGGUGUCUCCUGGUAUGUGCCAUUCCCCAAGGGAUACUGGCUCUAUGAAAAGUCGAAACAUCUUUGGGUUUCCGGAUACCCAAUCAAGACGAAGCUAUUCAAGACGCCGCAAGAGUUUGCGCUGCAUUUGAUAUGGCUGCUGUCGGCGUCAAUGGAUUAUAAGGACUGUUGCUGUGUUCAUUGCAACGUUCCUAGCCUCCCGAAGCAGGUUCCUACAUCUGAGGAGGGUUUCGCUCACAUGCCUAACGAAUCGCCCAUUAAACAAGAGCAUAUUCCUCAUAAAGUCACCCCAAUUCCUGUCCCAACAGUAGUUGGUCAACCAAUAGCAACAAAGUCAGCGUCACCGGCGCAAAGACCACAAGCCACACACAUCCAACCACCUUCUAUUCCUACUCCGUCUGUCAUCACACCCCCGACUGCAACGCCAGUCCCACCUCCCCAACUGCCUAUGGCUUCUAUACCGCCACAGGUGACACAACCAGCACCCCAGGUCCAGCCAUCUCAAUCUCAAGUCCACCCGCCUCAGGUUCAGCAGCACCAAAUCAAGCAAACACCGGUUCACCCACCCCCGAUCCCACAACCCCAGGCCCAACCAACUCAGGUCCAGCAGCAACCUCAGGCCCAGCCCUCACCUAUGGUCUGGCCUCUGAAGUCAUCGCUAUUAUUCCGUGUUGGUGAGCUCGUCUGGUAUCAGAACGGGCAAACUUGGCGUCUGGGAAUUAUUGGAGCCUUCAAUACCACUCACGGCUUCGAACUUCUAGCCAUCGGCCAUAGGCUGGUCGCUCAGCAAAAUGUCUUCAAAACCGCAAACGACAUGCGCCCAUUCCACGCAUUCAGUGUACCAGGCGUCACAAUUCAGGAUCUUAAGAGCAAGAACUAUGAUGACAUUCCCUGGGAAGCCAUGUUUGCUGCCUACCAGAAUGAUGCAAACAGGCGGGAUCUACUGAUUCUCGAUGCUUCAAAGAUGGCCGCGUCAAAAAUAGACUACUCCUUCUCACUCUGGUCGCCUAUAUCGGAAGAUCCCUCAACCAAGACCCCAGUGUACUACGGUUGCUUCUUCGGGGCCGAACGCAUCGAGAUUGGAGAUGCCCUGCGACUAAAGGCCCUGCCUGCCGAGUGGAAUAUCACGACCGACACGGCCGUCUUGGGCCUGCGCCAGAUCCUAACCAACCGGGACUAUCCCGGCGCUGUUGUCUUCCGCGGCCAUAUCUACAUACUCGUAAAGGGGGACUCGCAACUUACAAACGCCGUCCCGGAGGAGCAGCUGCCCGUUCCGCUGAGAGACGAGCUCGCGUGGCGCCAGCAGACUGGCCCGAACUCCCGCUGGCGCUGGGUGCUCGUCAAGGAAAAUGCCGCCCUCAAGGAGCAGUCCAUCCGCGGCCGCUUCUACCCCACCUAUCGCCUGAUGCCCAUCCUCAACCCCGCUGGGUUCCAACAAGCGGUCCAGCAGGGCCAGGCGGACGAGCAGAUGCCACAGCUCAACAAUCGGAUGGACGGCAUGGGCCGUUAUAUUGGAAGGAAACGCAACAGACUGGAUACACUUGGGUCCUCGAUAUCAGGGGUGCACGGCACGCGGCUAGCCGUGGAGCCUCAUGUGAAGGAAGAGGCUUAG